AAGCUGACCUCGCGCAAGCCCAGAAACAUCGCAUUACAGUCGCAUACACUACAGCUAUCUAGCCUAAUCUUCUCCACCUCCACCACCGACCCAUAAUGGCUGAUCCAGCGACCAAACCUCUCGCGGCUGUCACCGAGACCGACGAGCUGCCCAGGACGAAAGAGAAGCUCGAGGAGCUCUCCAAGGUUGCCUCAAUUCACUACUCAACUAAGAACUUCGCUGCCGCUGCCGAAAACUACGCCAAUGCUGUCGAGAUUCAAGCUGAGCUGAACGGCGAGAUGGCGCCCGAGAACGCCGAGUUGCUGUUCUACUACGGCCGCGCACUUUACAAGGUCGCAGUCGCCAAGAGCGACGUCUUAGGCAACAAAGUGGCGCAAGAAGACAAGAAGAAGACAAAGCCAAAGAAGAGCGCAAAACAGGAAGCUGGCCAAAGCUCAGGCGCAGCAGCGAACGGAGCGAAAACCGAGCAGAAGGAGGAGUCGGUCGAGUCGAAGCCGUAUUUCCAGCUUCAGGGCGAUGAGAACUGGACGGACUCAGAAGACGAAGAAGAAAAUGAAGAGGAGGGUGAGCAGGAGGAAGAAGAGGACGACUUCGGCAAUGCAUACGAGACCUUUGAACUAGCCCGUGUUCUUUAUUCGAAGCAACUGGAAGCGCACGAUGGAGGAGAGACCGCGGGCAAAGGCAAAGGGAAAGCUGAGCUGAGUCCACAAGAACGUAUAAUAAAGGAGAGGGUUGCAGACUGUCACGGCUUCCUGGUGGAGAUCUCACUGGAGAACGAGCGCUUCCACGAUGCCGUAUCCGAUGCCCGCGCUUCGCUCGCUCUACAAGAGGAGCUGUACCCCUUCGAGCAUGAAAAUGUCACAGAAGCGCACUACUCACUUUCGCUAGCCCUUGAGUUCGCAUCUGUCUCCAAGGUGCGCGAGGAUCAGACUGGGCAACAAACCGAUGCACCAGCGGACGCAGCACAACAACCAGAGGAUAAAGACAGCAUCGAUUGGGAGCUUCGGAAGGAAGCCGCAAAGCACACCGAUUUUGCCGUCCAGAGCCUCGAAGCACGCUUGAACAAGGAAGAGGCUGCCCUUACCUCCAACACAUUGACCCCAGACCAAAAGAAAGAGAAAAAAACCAUCAUCGAGGACAAGAAGGGCAUGUUAGAGGACCUCCGAACGCGCCUCAUCGACCUAAAGUCAGACCCGACUAAGCAGGAAUUUGACAGCAUUGAUUCCUCAGUCUUUCAGGGUCUGCUCGGUGGCUUGCUCGGCGCAGAUGCGGCGACGCAGAAAGCGAAGAUCGCUGAGGUAACCAAGGGUGCGAAUGAUGUGACGGGCUUAGUCAAGACGAAGAAAAAGGCGAAAGUCCCAGCACCAAUAGCAUCGGCGGAUGCUACUAGUAGCAAGAGGAAGCUGGAAGUCGAGGACGAAACGGCAAAUGGAAAAAGAGCGAAGACAGAGGAACCCAUUUGAACGGUAUGUUGUUGCACAUGAAAUGCUUCCUAUACGUAUGUUUUGAUGUGCUGGGUACCUCCAGGUCAUUGGCGUUGUAGGAGUAGUCCAUGCCCGCCUCAGUUGAUCGGUCAGGGUAGGCGGAACAGGCUAGCACGGUAUUUUCGAUUAGCUACACAGCUUCAAAUCGAGAGCUGUUCAAAAUUUACAAGUACUAUUUAGGGCUUUUGGUUCAUCUAGUCGUAUUAUACUGAAUUAAAACAGUCCUGCGCUAUCUGUGUUAUAGCAACUGCCAC